CUGGGUAAUUUGUAUAAAAAAUGUUUAUUUAGCUCAUAGUUCUAAAGGCUGGAAGUCAACAGUGCCAGCAUCUGUGAGGGCCUUCUUGCUGCCUCACCUCAUGGCAGAGGGCAGCACAUGGUGAAAGCGGGAGCAAGAGAGCCAGGGAGAGCUCACAUGCAUAACAAUAAUGCUCCUGUGAUAAUAAACUCACCCCUGUGAUAGCAACAUUCAUCCCAUCAUGAGAACAGAGCCCUCAUUCAUCCCUUCAUCUCAUCAUAGGGGCAGAAGGAUUAAGUUUUAACACAUGAACUUUUGGGGGACUCAUUCAAUACAUAGCACUCCCAAAAUAUUCACUAAGAGUGAGAGUAAACUGAUUUAAUUUCAGACUGUUCUUGGCAGUCCAAAAGUAGAGCUUUCCAAGUUUUAUAAUAGAGAAUUAAAAUGAUAGAAAAAUAUUCUUAAAAAAAAACUGCAGAAGAAAGCUAGAAAAUCUGAAGAUGAAGUUUUUUUUAGGCAUAAAAUACAUGCAGUUAAUAGACAAUGGAGACAUGCUAAGACUUGAAAAUGUGCUUUGACAUUCUUAAAUUGUCUAAGGGUUUUGCAACAAAAUAACUUACCAGUGUCAGGGCAUGAUAGAAUAUGAGUUCCUAAUGAAUUUAGGCCUGGGUUUCUGUGACCCAAGUUAUGCUGAAGAAAAUGAGAGACACCCCCUUUUAAAAAACUGUGCAUAGCCUGAGGCCACUGCAAUUACUUAAUCCCUUUGGAAAAUUGCUUAAGCCUGGCACGUUUUGUAAUGGACUUUAUCUCUUCACUACCGAAAGUCAUAAAACGUAACUUAAGCGAGGAAAGAAACACAAUUGAUAAUUGGAUAUUUCAAAGGGAUCAGCAUUUUAAAAGACUAGCUUUUUGGAUUGGCUCACAGUUUGCCUACAUUUCAGUCUUGUCAGUUGAGAAUAACACAUUUCAAGGGACACUCUUGGAAAACACCUUUGAUGGAGAGGUUGAUUUUUGUAACCUGUAUACCAUAGUCAGAAGAGCCAUCCUCUGGCAGGUAUGUGAAAGAACUGCCCAUGAGGAGUCAGAGGCUACCUUGCACACCUCGCAGCUCUGCUCGCCGGGGGUGGCUUUGCAGGCACACAAGCCCCUCUCCCAAGCCACCUGCCAGGAGUCCCAUGAGGAACACGCCACAGCACCUGCAUCAGAACCCCAUGGGUUUGCCUGUCACAUGUUUUUCUCCUGAUCUGUGGCUCACAGGCUUGGCGUGACCCAGCCUCCUAGAUUUCCCCCUCAGUGCUAUUUGCAGUGCCCCCAAGCACUUCCCUCCACUCCAGUCCCUGAGUGCAUGCCAACGGCCCUAUUUUCAGCCACCCUUCUCCAUGCCUCUUGUCUGUCUCUAGCUGACAAGCAGAUUAUCUCUUGUGUCCACUUUGUUUGCCAAUGUAUUUUGGCACCAUUGAAUUCCAACGCAUGAAGUAAACUAAACUGUGUACAACGCUGAGCACACACGUGGUUUGGAGAGAAGCCCUUGUCAGGAUCCAAAAUGUUCCCAAGUCUUGUUGAUAUUUGGGUCACUGCAGAGCUCUGAGUCCCCCUUCCUUUUUGUCUUCCUCCCUUCAACUCAUUCUCAAUUUCUCUCUCUGAAACCAAGUGUGAACACAUUUAUGCAUUCAAAUAGAGGCAUACUGUUCAUGCUUAUAUUUUUCUGUAACCAUCAUAUCUAAUAAAUACUUACCAUCCAGGAA